CUUAGCGGUUUUACUAGCCACGUUUCGCUAACGUAUAUCCUUACUAGACAUAAAGUUGUUUACAACUAAUUAAAACAUAGACAUAUAAACUAUUAUUUCCCGCCAGAAUAAACAUGAUCCGGAUAUUAAUCAGCAUUCUCUUCACGUCAGUUCUCUCAUCACCACCAUCAACGGAAACCGAGACAGAACUAUCAAGAACACACCACAAACAGAAAAGAUUUAAUUUCCCCGGGGGUUCGUCAUCAAUGAUGGGUGGAGGCGGUCCAUUUCAUGGAGGUGGAUCAAGUAUGGGAUCGAUGGGCGGAUCUUUAUCUCACGGACCAAUGAGUGCCCCCUCCAUGUCCGCGGGAUCGGGUAUACAAGGACCACAUCCACCAGGAGGUGGUAUGGGAAUGGCAAUGGGCGGACCCCAAUCCCCGGGCCACGCCUCUACUUUUAACCCCACUAAGUGUUUACGACAGGUCAGGUGUCCACAGUGGUGUUUGAUGGUUGACUCAUAUGGAUGUCAUUCAUGUCCGUGUGGUCCAGGGGGCGGUAUGAUGGCGGUACCGGGAGGGUCCUUCAUGUCAGGAAUGCCGUCAAUGGGCGGGGCAGCAUUUUCUCACGUCAGUCAAGGAACUAAACCUAAAACUGACUGCAUAGGAGUGGAGCUGUGCACAUCCACCUGCCAAGGACACCACACCUUAGGUCCUGUGGGAGCAGAUGGCUGCCCUUCGUGUCAAUGCAACUCGGUGUCAGUGGGGGCAUCGAGUGGAUUCGGUGGAGGAUCUGGUGCUGCAGGUGGAUCUAGUGGAGGUAGUGGAGGAUUUACACCCUUUAAAUUUACGGGGAGUGGAGGAAGGGGAGGAGGCAUGGUCACCGGAAGGCGUCCUUCUGUCGCUGGGACCACCGGAACAAGCACUCAAACUGCAUACGUCGUGGCCCCUGUUAAAGAGUGCCGAACGGAGGCGAUUUGUAAAGAGACGUGUGGAUCUAACUUCCAGAUUGGCGGGACAGGAAAUGAUGGAUGUGGGACGUGUAUCUGUCUAAAACCUUCCGUGACAUAUAUUCAACAAGUCGUGACCUUGACUUGUCCGAGCCUGACCUGUAAUUACGGAUGCAGUGUUGGUUAUAAGUGCGGGGAGGAUGGGUGUCCUACGUGCGACUGUGCAUUGCCUUCCGGUUACGCUACACACGAGGUGGUUAUCCAGCACAUAGUGGAUUGUGUGACCACAUUCAACUGUCCUACGUCAUGUGAAAUCGGGUAUACCUGUGGUACAGACGGCUGUCCUACAUGUGAAUGUUUAAAAGGAUAUGUGCAGACACAAACUACAAGUAAGUGUUUGUAUUGUGAAUAUAUCGAUUUCCUUACUCCUACACCAGAAAGUGUCACCUAUGUACAAACUGUUCCCAAACAAACAGAAACUGUUUAUGUCACAGGAGGAAACGAAUGUCAUGAUUGUGACGUUAAACCGCAGAUGGUUUCCUACGUUCGACCAAGACCGCAGACGCAAACUGUGUAUGUUACAAACACAAAUGAAUGUCAUGAUUGUGCGCCCGUUAAACCUCAGAUGGUGUCAUACGUAAGACCUCGUCCCAAACCACGCCCCCAAACGCAGACUGUAUACGUCACAGGAAGAGCUCCAUCUCACAGCCCAAAGGGUCGUGACAGGGUUUCUCCCUCUAGAAUGGCUUCCACCAAGAAGAGAUCCUUAUCAGGGCCUGGCAGCAUGCACACCAACAAAAAUAUAAUUGUUUAA